UUGCGUGCGCGCGCGCGUGUUAUUUUGCACAAGAAGAAAAAGUCAAUAAAACAUCGAGUUCAUUCAUGGACGCCUGAAACGAAGCCUGGAUUAACAUUGGGAGAAUUUUGUUCAAGAUUGAGCGUCCUCUUGGGUUUUUAACGUUGAGGGGGUUCGGAUUAGGUCCAGAUGUUAAUCCACACCUAUUCAGCUAUGGAUCGCGCAGACGGCCUAAGCAGCUCGUCUCCGAGCGGUCGCCUCUCGCAGCUAUCCAGCCUGAACCAGGCGGCCUACUCGUCGGCGCCCCCGCUCUGCCACACGCCGGCCUCCGACUUCCAGCCGCCCUACUUCCCGCCGCCGUACCCGCAAUCGUCGCUUUCCUACACGCAGAGUCAAGACUCGGCCUACUCGCACCUGUCGGAGCCCUACACCUCCAUUAACUCCAUCCAUCAGCACCAACAAGCCGCCUGGCACUCUCAGAGGUCGCGUUCGGACGAGGCGGGGCUGCUGUCGCAAACGCACCGGGCGCUGGGGCUCGACCCCCGGAGGGACUACGCGGCGGCGGCCGCUGUCCCGCGCCUGCUACACGGGCUCGGGGAAGGGGCGGCCGCUCUUGGAGAAGGACCCCUCGGGAUGCAUUUGGGACAUCACGGCCUGGAUGAGCUUCAGGGAAUGGAAGAAGGAUCAGCCUUGGGCAUCCUGGACCACUCUGUCAUUAAAAAAGUUCCCAUCCCAUCCAAGCUGAACGGUUCGGUCCUGUCCGCUUUGUCCCUGGGCAAGGACGGGCUAGGCAUGGGCGCCGUGUCCAACCCAGCCGAGGUCUUCUGCUCAGUACCGGGUCGCCUGUCGCUGCUCAGCUCCACCUCCAAGUAUAAGGUCACCGUCGGGGAAGUGCAGCGGCGACUGUCCCCCCCUGAGUGCCUCAACGCCUCCUUGCUGGGUGGCGUCCUUCGCAGGGCCAAGUCCAAGAAUGGUGGGCGCUGUCUGAGAGAGCGUCUGGAGAAGAUUGGUCUCAACCUGCCCGCCGGGCGCCGCAAGGCCGCUAACGUCACUCUGCUGACAUCUCUAGUGGAGGGCGAGGCCGUCCAUCUGGCCAGGGAUUUCGGCUACGUGUGCGAGACCGAGUUCCCUGCGAGAGCCGCCGCCGAGUACCUGUGCAGGCAGAGUGAGCCCGACCAGCUCCCCACGCGGCGCAGCAUGUUGCUCGCUACUAAGGAGAUCUGCAAGGAGUUCGUGGACCUGAUGUCCCAGGACCGCUCCCCGCUUGGGGGCAGCCGACCUACCCCGUGCCUGGAGCCCAGCCUUCAAGGCAGCCUCACCCACUUCAGCCUGCUGACCCACGGCUUCGGCACCCCCGCCAUCUGCGCCGCGCUCUCCGCUUUCCAGAGCUACCUGAUGGAAGCCGUCAAAAUGCUGGACAAAGGGGACGGCGGUGGCAAAAGCCACCAUGACAAGGAGAUGAAACAUCGUAAAUAGACACGGAACUGGACAAAAAUCACCUUCGUAACUUCAAAAUGGACCUCUUUUCGCUAGCAUCCACAUCAGGAUGAACUCCUACGUAUGGCAGUAUUGUUUAAUUUUUAAAUGACGUGUCAGGGGAAGCGGAUUUUUUUCCCAAGGAGCCAUAUCGGAGGCGUCAACGUUUUUGCUCACGGAGGAAGUCCCAUGUUUGCUUUCAGUGGACGGAAACCAUUGAAGAAAAUUUUGCAGCUCAAGUCGACCACUCGGCUUUCUCUGUAUUGUGUAUAGAAGUGAAGAAAAGAGCAAAAAUCUUUUUGUACUUUGUGUGGACGGUCAUUAUUAAUGUUAUUACUGUUGUUAUUGUAUUACAAUAUAAAUGUAAUAUAUUAUUAAAAAAAUAAGAAUGCAUCACUUUUUUUCAUGUUGUUUUAA